ACAGAGGAAAAAUCGAACCUUUUCUUGUUUUUUGACUUGGGUUUUUGGUGUUUCUUCCUUGCCUAUGGCUUCUUACUCCUCUUGGUUGGAUUCUGUUGACACUUCUCUGGAUCUCAAUCUUCAUCCUUUAAGAUUCUCCGGCGAAGCUCCGGUGACGAAGGAGAGGAAUUAUUUGGAUCAUGAGACGGUUUCUGUGAAAGAAGAGACGGGUGCUUUAAUGGAGGAACUGAAGAGAGUGAGUGCAGAGAACAAGAAAUUAACUGAAAUGUUGACUGUUGUGUGUGAAAAUUACAACACUUUGAGAGGUCAUCUGGUGGAUCAAAUGAACAAAAAUGGAGAAAAGGAAGUUUUUUGUUCGAAGAAGAGGAAAUCUGAGAGUAGUAACAAUAAUAAUAUGGUUGGAAUUAAUGGGAAUUCUGAGAGUAGUUCAACUGAUGAAGAAUCAUACAAGAAGCCAAAACAGGAAACCAUUAACAAAUCUUCUAAAACCACUCGAGUUCAAGUCAAAAUUGGUGCUUCUGAUUCAAAUUUGGUUGUUAAAGAUGGAUAUCAAUGGAGGAAAUACGGCCAGAAGGUCACUAGAGAUAAUCCUUGUCCUCGAGCUUAUUUUAAGUGUUCUUUUGCUCCGACCUGCCCUGUCAAAAAGAAGGUUCAGAGAAGUGUAGAAGAUCAGUCGAUUCUGGUAGCUACGUACGAAGGUGAACACAACCAUCCACAAUCUUCUCUGAUGGAAGCCACCUCCGGCACUACUGCUGCUCGCUGCGUCGGCCUAACUCCAGCGGCGCCGACAAGUCCCCUCGACUCGAGAAAGCCCAAAUCACCCUCUGAAGCUAAAACCACCUUCAGCCCAAGAUUUCACUCGCCGGAAAUGCAACAAUUUCUCGUUGAACAGAUGGCGUCUUCAUUGACGAAGGACCCCAAUUUCACGGCGGCGCUGGCGGCGGCGAUUUCGGGGAAGAUUUUCCCACAUUAGUUAGUUAUAAGAAAGUGGGACUAUUUUCUUUGAGAUUAAUCUGUAAAUACACAUUGAAAGAAGAGAAGAUUUGAAAGAUUUUAGGAGAUGAGGAAGAUCAUUUUGAGAAUUUUGAAAAAGAAAAACGUUAGAAAAAAAAGUGCUGUAACUCGAUGUUGAGUCACAAAGAUAAGGGAAAAAUGACUCGUAAAGUCACUUUCUUAUCCAAAAAGGAACGAGAUUCAAAUUGGAUAAUUGGUUCACGAUUUUGGGGUGUU